UUUCCUCUCCUCUCAUCUUAGCCUCUGUUCUUUCUUUUUUAUUUCUUCUCAUCCUCCUCCUCCCCCUCAUCUUUCUCUUCUUAUAUAUCAGUUUUUUUUAUUCUUUUUUUACCCAUUAAAUUUUCCGUUUGUUGCCACCACCGCCGCGUCGCCCGAGUUCUUCCGCCGCCGUCGCCGUCACCUCCUCUACAGCAGUUUUCUUUUUAUCUUUUUUUCAAAUUUUCGGGUCUCUAUCGGGUCGAAGAAAUUUCGGGCCUGAUUAUAUUCAGAUCGGAUCUGUGGUCUUUCCGACUUUGAACCGACCCAUUGUCAUCCCUACCCUACCUCGGCCUCUGUUCUACGUUUCUUCAUCUUACCUAUCGACCUUGUGUGUCGUCUUCUACCACCAACAGCUUCGCCUGCAUCAAAUCAGAAAUUGUAUUUAUCAUCUGAUGGAAUUCAAUUAAAUUAUUCAGUCGAAGAAGGAAGGCCUUUCGAAGGAUACUAAGAAAGCUACAUUCAUAAAAGUGAAGUGAGGGGAUGCUAUAAAAGAAAAGAGGAAGAAGACAUUUUCCCUAGUGAUGUCUGGCGAAGAAGCUGCAGGAGGUGGCCCAGCUGAAUCGGGCAGUGGCUCAACUGUGUGUAAUUUCUUCAAGAAGCCAUCAAAGGGGAAGAACAUUAGGAAACGAACCUCUAUAGAAGAGGGAGCAGGUGAAGAUGACGAUUCCAAAAGUGAGACUUCUGUGCUGCUGUCCAAUAAGAAGAAGCAAGCAGUCGUUGACAACAAGCUUCACUUCUCUAGUGGUCCCUUGAAAAGUUCGAAAGAGCCAGAGUUGGAACAACCUAAAGCAUCUGUUUUCAAAUAUGAAUCCUCCAAAGAAAUCCAGGUCCAUAACGACAGUAGAGCAACAGCAACAUUGGAAACAGAAACUGAGUUCUCUAAGGAUGCUCGGGCUAUUAGAGAGAGAGUUCUCAAGCAAGCUGAAGAGGCUCUGAAAGGGAAGAAUAAGAGCGGCGGGGAUGAAAAGUUAUAUAAAGGUUUACAUGGGUAUACUGAUUACAAGGCUGGGUUCCGAAGAGAGCAUACUGUCGCAAGUGAGAAAGCUGGUGGAUCUCAUGGACCUUUAAGGGCUUCUGCACACAUCAGAGUGUCGGCAAGGUUCGACUAUCAGCCGGACAUUUGCAAGGAUUAUAAGGAGACUGGCUACUGUGGAUAUGGAGAUUCGUGCAAGUUUAUGCAUGAUCGAGGUGAUUACAAAUCGGGAUGGCAGAUGGAGAAAGAGUGGGAUGAAAAAGAGAAGGCUAGGGCUAAAAAGUUGGCUAUGGGUAUGAAGGAUGAAGAUGAUGACGAGAGGCAAGAAAGUGAUGAUGAUGAUGAAGAUGCACUACCAUUUGCGUGUUUUAUUUGCAGAGAGCCUUUUGUUGAUGCUGUUGUGACGAGGUGCAAGCACUAUUUCUGUGAGCAUUGUGCACUUAAGCAUCAUGCAAGAAAUAAGAAGUGCUUUGUGUGCAACCAGCCAACGAAUGGCAUAUUCAAUACAGCCUUUGAGAUUCGGAAGAGAAUGGCUGCAGAGAAAAAACAAUGAAUCAUGUGCAUCAUGAAAGUAAUGGUCAAAUUCUGUUUGUUUUACUCUCUCUGGUGUAAGCUCUUUGUUAGUACUAGUGCUCUCUUAAUUUGCUUGUAGACUCAUGUAAAAGAAGAACCUUCGCAAUUUAUUGCUGAUACUAAUAUCCUGGUUGAGAAUGCAAAUGCUCUUUCGCAUUGCCCAUUUUUA